AUUAUGUCUUAUUAGUACAAUUUUAUUUUAUACGAUAUAUAUAUUUAGAACGAUAAUUGAGGCAAUAUGAAUCUAGCACAGAUAAGUAGCAGCAUAAUAAUUAUUGUAACAAUAGCUAUUCUUAAUAGUGAAGAACUAAACAUUUCAAACUACAUACAUUUUCCUUAUUACGUGAUACCAGUGCACUACUGCACACAGCUCGACUACAUAAUCUAUCAACACAAUGAUAAACUUGAUAACAUUUGGAAAGAGAUACUUGAUUCAAAAAAUGAUUAUGAUUCAUUUCUCUUUCGCGGUGAAACUAGUACAACUAUUAAUAUUCUACAAUCGACUCACUAUAUAAGUUUGCAUCAAAUAAAGCUGAUGAUAGACCGUACGAAUGCAACUUUGAUUACAAAGAACGGCAUAAUUUACAUAUUAAAUAAAUAUAAAUACACCUAUAAAACGAAUAUUUUAGAAUUUCCUUUACUCUAUGCGUUACUUCCCGGGCUCUACACAUUCAAAAUACAAUUUUUUGGUUAUCUAACAGAAAACCAUGAAGACAGUUUCUUUAAAAAUGUUUCCACAGAAAAUACCAUAACAUUGUUGAUAGCUCCACACAUUCAAGAGCGGAAUGGAAUGAGACAGUUAUUUCCUUGUUGGGACAAACCGCAAUUAAAGGCCACGUUUAAUAUUUCAAUAAAACAUCCUCGCUAUAUUUCAGUUUUAUCAAACAUGCCGACACGGUCACAGAAACAUUAUGACAGUUAUAGCGAUUCAUUACGCACAUACUUCCAUGUUACGCCUCCAAUGUCCAUUUUUCAAAUUGCGAUAGUUAUGACCGAAUAUCAAUCCAUUAGAAUUAAUGAAAACAUUACUUUGUGGUGCGAAUAUUGUUCAAAAGAGCAGUCUCCGAAAUUUGAGUUUGUACAAAGAAUCAUAAACAAUAUUACAUUGCAUUUAAAAUCUGAAUUCGAUGAGAUAAAUAUUCCAAAAAUGGAUCACAUUGCAAUUCCAAAUUUUCCACAAGACGGCAUAUCGAAAUGGGGGCUUAUAUUUCAUACGGAAGCCAAUCUUAUUUAUAAUGAAACAUUGGAUACAGUUAUGCGCAAAAUGGAAAUCGCACAUUUAAUAGCACCUAAAAUAGCAUACCAAUGGUUUAGUAACUUACUCAGUUCGGUUUGGUUUCAUUAUUGGUGGUUACACGACGGUCUUGCUACUAUGUUCGGAGAAGAAGCUGUUGUUAAGGAAAAAUUUAGAAAAUUGUUGGAAAAGCCAUUGAAAACACUAGGAUAUGAAGAACAGCUGAUGGAAAAUGACUUUACUAAAUGUUUAAGACAAGAAAUUGUGAAAUGGGCAUGUACCCUCCAAUACGAUGAGUGCGAACGAUCAGCUCUUCGCAAAUUAGAGCAUCAUCUCGAGAAUCAUGAAAGCAGGCCCCUUUUAUCUUGGUGGAAGCACUGGACAUACUGCAAUGGUUUACGAAUAGCUAAUUCUUCUAUAUGGUCAGACGUAACAGACUUCUUGUUAAAAAAAUAUGACCGUAAAUUGUUAUCGUUCCUGACUUGUUCAGAAUAUGGUACAUUUACUUCUGUAUCAUUUUUGGAGCUAUUCACAGAAGAUGAAAGACAAGAUAUUUCAAUUAUUCGAUUACAUAUAGACAUUUUUCAUUCAAUUAUUAUGAAACAUUCUAACGCAUAUGACGUACUCGAAAAGAUACUUAUAUCUUUAGAACUUAGAAGACCUACACAAGUAAACAUAUUAACAGCGCUGGUUGAUAUCAUUAAUCAUGUAUAUUCUUACAAAAAUCUUAAGAAG